GUCGUAGGUGUCUCGUCGUCGUCGUCGUCGUCGUCGUCGUCGUCGUUUGCGGUGUGUGUACAUACGUGUGUGACAUGUUGCGUGGUAUGUGCUGCGCGUGUGCUGUUCGCCGGACCUUUAAAACGGUGCACAAGCUUUACCGUUCGUGUGUGAAUAACGAUUAAUAACGACAACAGCACAAACAAAAAUAAUAAUAAUAUCAAUCAAAAUCUAUUCGCGGGUUAGGUCUAACGUCGACGAUUGCUAUAACGUGCAAAAUGUGGAAUAUGAUGUGUGACGUAAUGCCGACGAUCGCGGAGGACAGUAUGAGCCAGCGAAGCUCGCAAUUCUCCGGCGAGGACGGCAACUUUGAGCAACUAAUGGUGUCUAUGCUGGACGAGAGGGAUAAGUUGAUGGAGUCGAUGCGCGAGGGUCAAGAGCGGCUGCAGGAGAUGGAAGCACGAUUAGCGGAGGUCGAGAAGGAACGGGACGCUCUUAAUCGUCAACUUAACGCAAACAUUCCCCAGGAAUUUUCACAAUUGACGAAAGAAUUGGCGGCAGCGCGAGAAAGCAUCUUGGAGAGAGAAGAAGAGAUUUCAGAGCUAAAAGCUGAAAGAAACAAUACACGUCUUUUGCUGGAACAUUUGGAAUGUUUGGUAUCACGACACGAGCGGUCACUCCGAAUGACGGUGGUGAAACGUCAAGCCGCUGCACAGUCUGGCGUGUCAUCCGAGGUAGAAGUACUCAAAGCUCUAAAAAGCCUCUUCGAACAUCACAAGGCUUUGGACGAGAAGGUGCGCGAGCGUUUGCGCGUGGCCCUCGAAAGAAAUACAAGUCUCGAGGAGGAAUUGGUCCAUAUCAAAGAAGAACUCCAGCAGUAUAAAGUAAGCGGGCACUCGCCAAAAACUAUAGAAGACAGACCGAAAGAGAAUGGACAAGCGGACGAAGGUCAGCAACAGAAUAAGAAUGAGACUGAACAGGCAGGAAGCCAGCAACAGCAGCAUCACGAGCAACAUCAAACGCAGCAGCAGCAGCAGCAGCAGCAACAACAACAACAACAACAACAACAACAACAACAACUACUACUGGUACAGCAACAAAAGCUAGGUACAGAGAGCUCUGUUGAAGCUGGCAGUAGACUGAGCAACGGGAGUCUCGAUCCAGCUGAUCAAGACUCAGCGGUGCGAGUAAUAGACUUACAGGCCACUCUCGACAAGCAGAGCUCAGAAUUAAGUACAUGGCAACGACGAGUAGCCGAACUAAGCGGACGAAUUACCGAGUUAGAGGAAACAUUGUCUAAAACGCAGAAGGAUCUUUUAAAGACGCAAGAAACAAAUGUCAAACUACAAAGAGAUCUGCGGGAGAAUGCAGCGCAGAAGAAGGACCAAGAGGAGCGAAUAACAACUCUAGAAAAACGUUAUCUUAAUGCUCAACGAGAGUCCACUAGUCUUCACGAUCUUAAUGAGAAAUUAGAACAGGAAUUACAGCAUAAAAAAGCUCAAUUAAAGCUUCAAGAGGAGAAAAUCGCGGCUAUACAGGAGAAACUAGAACUUGCGGAACAGAAAUUAGCACAAUAUGCCAAGUUACCAGAAAUGGAAGAACAAUUGAAGCAGAGGAUGGAGGCUCUGACGCAGGUGAGGAGGCCCAACCAGGCUCAAGAGAGGCAUGGUAGUGCAGAAGACAGAAUACAAAGACUGGAAACACAAUUAGAAGAAAAGAAUGCAGAGGUGAUGCGUGUUAACCAACGGCUUAAAAUGAACGAGGAGCAUAAUACGCGUCUUAGUGCAACUGUCGAUAAACUCUUAUCUGAGUCUAACGAAAGAUUGCAAAUGCAUUUGAAUGAGAGAAUGCAAUGGUUGGAAGAGAAAAAUGGACUUACUCAGGAACUUGAAAAAACGAGAAAGGUGGCGGAAGAUCUGCAGAAUGAAAAAGCUGACAUCGUUAAAGAAUUGGGAAAAGCGCGCUUAGAGAUAGAUAACGUUAAGAGACAAAUGCUCCAGCAAGAGAUUGCAUUUAAUAUUCAGCAGACUGACGCUCUAACUAGAAGUUUAUCUCCAAAUGCUGUAGAUCCAGGUUCUUUUUCGAGGAGCGCGAGUCACAGUAGUUUUGAUACGCAUUCGUUACCUAGAAGAAGUGGUAAACGAACCAUCGAAGAGGAUUCGUCAAAGAAUUAUGUAGCACGGACUCUAGCAGAGCAGGAGUGGGAAAAACUACAACAAGCGCAUGUACUCGCUAACGUUCAACAAGCGUUUGACGUUUCGAGUGACGCAGAGGGGGAUGGAGAUAACGAAAGUAUAUUCAGUUGUGCGGCUGACGUAAUUAGUCCUACCGGCCAUACAGAUGCCCAAACACUGGCGUUAAUGCUGCAAGAACAGUUAGAUGCUAUUAAUAACGAAAUUAGAUUGAUACAGGAAGAGAAACAGAGUACGGAAGCACGUGCGGAAGAACUGGAGUCUCGCGUCGGCAGCCUGGAGCACAUGAAUUUGUUAGCGAGAGGUCGAAGCCUCGAACGAGCUUCGCCACCGUUAAGUGGGCGAUCCACUCCGAAGUCACACCAUAGUCCCAACAGAGAUUAUCUGCACAAAUACCACACCGCACCUGCGUCGAUGUCUCCGGCUCACUUGCAUCAGUAUGCAGCUUCUUUAGCUAGUCCAGGCCAAUUAUCGGAAUCUCUUCCUGCUAGUCAGUUGCAGUUGUCAGGAGAAGAGUUGCACUCCGUUAGUGAGAGAGAUAGUACUGGAGGUGCGGGAAGCGGUGGUAGCGACGCGGCUUCUCCUUUAACAGCCAGAUCCUUGAGAUUGGAACGUGUCGUUCAAGCGUUGGCGCAUAGUCAAGAGGAGCUCAGAAGACGUGCAGGACAGAGCGGAUUUCCGAGCAGUGGUUUCCCCACGCACAGCAGGCAUGGGCAGCAUAACAACGGCGCACUCAAUUCUGGGACUCCUCCUUCCCCAUUGUCUUCACGCCACAGCAGCCAGGACAGUUUGCACAAGAACAACUUCUCUGGUGUUGGACUACCUAUCGGACAGCUGUCAACAUCGCAUUUGCACAUGCAAUCGACCAUGAGCCCCGCUACAGCGGCUGCUGUCGCAGCUGCGCAAAAGAAGAAAGGCAUCAAGAGCAGCCUUGGUAGAUUUUUUAGCAAGAAGGAGAAAAUCAAAGGAAAAGAUACACCGAUGCCAGGCGAUGUACCAGGAAUGGGAGGGGCGAGUACACCAGCCGAUCCUGAUUACGGAGAUAGCGUGGCUGUGGCUGGUACGCUCGGAAGCAAAAGCGAUUUUGAUCGCAGGAAAAAGAAGAGUCCCAGUAUGUUUGGUAGUAUGCUGGAUUCUUCGCGACACGAGCUCUUAGCGGAAGCGAUGAAAGCCGGGACACCUUUCGCCCUGUGGAACGGACCUACGGUUGUCGCAUGGUUGGAGCUUUGGGUAGGCAUGCCAACGUGGUACGUCGCUGCUUGUCGGGCGAAUGUCAAAAGCGGUGCUAUCAUGAGUGCUCUUAGCGAUACCGAGAUUCAACGGGAAAUUGGUAUAAGUAAUCCUCUGCACCGACUAAAGCUGAGACUAGCUAUUCAAGAAAUGGUAUCGCUCACUAGUCCGUCAGCGCCGAAAACAUCUCGCACAACAUUAGCAUUUGGCGAUAUGAAUCACGAAUGGAUAGGGAAUGUUUGGUUACCCAGCCUUGGACUGCCGCAAUAUCGUUCCACCUUUAUGGAGUGCCUUGUUGAUGCCAGAAUGCUCGAUCAUCUUACGAAAAAGGAUCUUCGCGGACAACUCCGAAUGGUUGACAGUUUUCACAGAACAAGUUUGCAGUACGGGAUCUCCUGUUUAAAGAGACUAAAUUACGACAGGCAGCAAUUAGAGGAAAGGAGGCGAAUGGCAGAAGGUGCCAAUAUAGACGUGUUGGUAUGGAGCAACGACCGUGUUAUAAGAUGGGUACAGUCGAUCGGAUUGAAGGAAUAUGGAAAUAAUCUCUUGGAAUCGGGUGUACAUGGCGCGCUUAUAGCUCUCGAUGAAAGUUUCGAUGCAAAUAGUUUUGCGUUAACACUGCAAAUUCCUACGCAAAACACGCAGGCGAGGCAAUUGUUAGAGAUGGAAUUUUCGAAUCUGCUAACGGUAGCGACGGAGAGGCGGCUAGACGAGAAUAAUAGCAUGAAAUCCUGAUCCAGCUCAUCAAACAGGCUGUCUCAUAUUCAACCACAUCAUGUCUAGUCCACAAUCCCAGCUACCGCUACUAUUUAUGCGCAAGUGUGUUAUAAAAAUUGUAAGAGCUUUAAGUAUCAUGCUAGGGGUACCCUUAUAUUGUUAUGACAAAUGUGACAUAUACACUGGAGUGUAUUUCGACAUAAAGCUGUUGAGACAAGCUUACCCGAUUCUUAGGAGAGUAGAGUAGGUGAUCCAUUCGAUUUUUAUGUCGCACGCGCAUAAAUCGAUACGCUGCGUGUCGUAUGUUUCGAAGAUAAGGAAAAGAAAAAUGGUUAUAUCUCGGUUAAUCUUCACAUAGAUAUCGAAAUGUAGUAGGCAGUCAUUGGAUUAUACAGAUGAAAAAGGAGGGACGCGGUGAUGUAUAAUAUAGCAUUCUCUUCUUAAAAACCCGGAGUAUCAGUUGCAGACGAUUAACGACAAUAAUUCUCCCUGAGUUAGCUUAAUUUGUUUGUAAAGGUGUUUAUAUAAUCUGUAGUCUCAGUAUUACGACGUCGUGCAGUAGACUAUAUUUGUUAUACGACUAUUGAUAUCACGCUCGCGAUAAACGUGUACUUAUAUAUUGUUCAAUAAAUACUUAAGGCAA